AUGUCUGCAUCAAGUUCCGAUUCCGGCUCGGAGUCGGACGACGAAGCUCAAGCUGCUCUCGAAUUACAAACCCUAGAAAUGGAGCUCUCGACAAGAAGCAGCGAAGCAGUGGCGCAUUUCGCCGGACGGAACUCAGUCGUCGUCGGCCUCCAAGGGAGGAUUAUUCAAGAGGAGAUAAUGAAACUAGAGUCUCAAAAAUUAGAAUAUGGGGUUUACGAUUUUGAUCAGGAUGCAAAGUUCAUGUCAACGGAAAAAUCAAAGAAGAAAAGGAUUCAACAAUCUCUAGAUACAAGUGAUUCAAGGGCCUUUCCGAUUGAAAUUAUUGAAUUAAAAGUGUCAUACGUAGGAGAAAAGAUAUCAUUGGUGAGUAUGAAAUGUAGGAAAAGAAGAGACACGAUGGUCAAGAUUUGUGAGGUUUUUGAAUCUUUGAACCUCAAUGUUGUCAUUGCCAACAUCACUGCUUUUCCUGAGACCCUUUUCAAGACACUCUUCAUUCAGGUUUGCACUAGAAAACAUACACUUAGGUGGGGUGUUCUUGACUGGAAAAACGAAGAAGAGAAGGAAUGCAGAGAUGAUUCAAUGGAUGAUAUUGGUGAGAUUCCAAUUCUAUUGGAAUGGAAUCACGAAUUCCAAUUCUAUUGGAUUGGAAAGACGGAUUCCAAUUCUGUUGGAAUCACAGAUGUUGAUGCUUGA